AUGAAAGCAAUCAUCACACAUCGAUAUUUGCCUAGGCGCAUACUGAGUCUUGCCGUCGACUUCAAAGACAUCGAUUUCAUCUCCCCACGCAAUUCUGCCAUUGGUUGUGACUACGCGGGCGAGGUGGUUCGGGUUGGCAAGAAUUCGGAACGGCGUUGGAAGAUUGGUGACAGAAUCGCUGGCUUUGUUCACGGUGGCUUGUAUCCCGACAUUGGCUCAUUUGCGGAGUACGUGAAAGUUGAUGGUGACUUGGCCUGGAAGGUGCCUGACGAAUUGACGCUGGGCGAAGCCACCACUUACGGAGUUCCUGCAGCCACCGCGAUGCUGAGUCUUGCGUACCUUGACAUUCCGUGGGUGGAUAUUGAGAACGGACGCAGCGCUCAAGGAUACAAUGUUGUGGCAACGGCCUCGCCACGUUCCUUCGACCUCGCAAAGCGGUAUGGUGCCGAUGCAGUAUAUGACUACCGGACCUCUGCAUCCAUUGGCGAAAUCAAGAAAGCCUAUCCGAAUAUCACGAAAGCUCUGGACUGCUUUUCUGAAGGCAGCUCUGCCGCCUUCUGUGCUGAUGUGUUGCGAGAGGGCAAAGUGGUCACGCUUCUUGACCAGGGAAAGCCGAAGAAGGCAACCGUGACCUAUGCUUUCCUCAUGGUUUAUAGUGUGUUUGGUCGCAAGUUCCAACUGAUGGCGCCCCUUGGCCCUGUUUUUCCAGUGAUGCCGGCAGACCGCGAAGUCAUCGGCAAGUUUUAUGGUAGCUUGGCCACCUUGAGCCUUGACGCCGUGAGACCCCCACCCAUCACAAUGAUCAAAGGCGAAUUCAAAGAGAUAUUCGAUGGCCUAGAAACACUUCGUAAUGGGGAAGGUCGAGGCACAAAGCUUGUUAUCGAGUUUCAGUGA